AAACACACUCGCUUCAACUCGAAUCGUUAACCGUUUAAUCAAUCGAUCCGAUUGCAUUAUUUGCUUGUGAACAUUUUGAUUCGAUAUUUGUAAUUUCGUGUCAUACGAUAGUUUUUAUUUCGGUACAGUGUUUGUAAUUGGUAAAUAGAAAGUCAGCUGUUGGUUGUUGCCUGGGUGAACAAACGGAUAAACGCAUAUUUAACGAGUUGUGCACCAACGGGGACGGAAUAACUGCUGGGUGUCGUGAAUGCGGCGCCGCAUGGAUGGCGCACGCGCACGCCUGGCGCUCGCUGGCCGUGUUGCUGGUAGCCGCCUCUCUUGUCGCCGCUAAAUAUGCUGAAUUGGAGGCAUGGCGCGGCGCAGGGCGGCCAGCGACGGCGCUGCAGGAGGCCGAGGACGAGAGGAGAGACGCGGAGCUCCUGGCAGCCGUCAGAGCUUCCAUGCAGCAGUGGGAGAUGAAAAAAGCCCGCACUAGGAGCAAGAGAUCGCAAGGCUCAGUGUGCUACGGUGACUUCGGCUGCUUCGAGGAUGCUGGACCCUUCGCCUACCUGGAGACGCUGCCCAGCUCGCCGCAGGAGGUCGGCACUCACUUCCUGCUGUACUCCACACUUAACAGAGGUGACCAGCCACUGCUGGCGGUCUCAGCGAGCAACAUGUCUGCGGCGUGGGGCUGGGCGGCGCGCGCCUUCGACUCCUCGCGGCCCACCAGGGUCAUCGUGCACGGCUUCGGCUCCAGCUGUGAUAAUGUUUGGGUCUACGAGAUGAGAUCUGCGCUGAUGGCUGUUGAAGAAUGCAAUGUUGUCUGUGUGGAUUGGGAGGGCGGCGCGUCGAUGCCGAACUACCUCCGCGCUGCUGCUAACACUAGGCUUGUUGGGAAGCAGCUUGCCAUGCUGCUUGAAGGUUUAUCGACACACAUUGAUCUCCGUUACGAGGAUGUCCACCUAAUUGGGUUCAGCCUGGGCGCCCACGUAGCAGGCUUCGCCGGCUCAGAACUCAAAAAUAUUAGUCGAAUUACAGGUUUGGACCCAGCAGGUCCUCUAUUCGAGAACCAAGAUCCGCGAGCUCGAUUAGACAGAAGCGAUGCAAAGUUCGUGGACGUCAUUCAUUCGAAUGGAGAGACGCUCAUCUUGGGCGGCCUCGGCGCUGCGCAAGCGCUGGGUCAUGUAGACUUUUACCCCAAUGGAGGCAGGGUCCAGCACGGCUGUUCUAACUUGUUCGUGGGCGCGGUGUCAGACUUUGUGUUGCCGUGGUCGGCGCCGUCCCCGGAAGGCCGGUCGCUGUGCAACCACCGCCGCGCUUACAAGUUCUUCACUGACUCAGUCUCGCCAAAGUGCCACUUUCCCGCCUUCCCGUGCGCCAACUACGAUACUUUCCUCGAAGGCCGUUGCUUCCCCUGUGACUCGGAGCGCCGCUGCGGCAACAUGGGGUACUACGCCGACCGGUCGCUUGGGCGCGGUCAACUCUACUUGCUGACGAGGGAGGAAGAACCAUUUUGUGCUCAUCAAUAUUACGUGUCGGUGUGGGGCGGCAGCGAGAAUGGUGAGAAGGCCAACUUCGGCAGAGUCACCCUCACGCUGCAUGGAGACUCCGGCCUCAACGAGUCCUUCCCUAUGACCAGGCGUGAAGACGACGGUGCUACAGGCAGCGCUCGGUUCACGCGCGUGCUGGUGCCGCACCCGGCGCUGGGCGUCCCGCUGAGGGCUUCCAUACAUUACUCCGCGUACUCCGGCUGGCUCAGCGCCGCCGCAAAGAUCAUGUUGCUCGACAAGCUGCUCAUAGCCGACAGCUUUGGUAAAACAUCCUCUUUCUGUAAGAGAGGAAUGCCAUUGCAGUCGGAAGAGACGAUUGAGUUACCCCUUUAUCCGGGAGACUGUCAAAUACAAGAGGAGGAAUUGCCCCGGAAUAAAACUAACAGCAGUGUCAUUCAAGACAACACAACCAAGGCUACGAUCGUGGACCCGAUCGACAACGAAUUAGACGACGCGCCACAAAGGCCGUUCGCGUUGGUGGACACGUACGAGUUCACCGGCGGCGCUGACAACGGCCGCGCAUUCGGCGUCACCAACACCAAGACCGCGCCCAGCGGCAUCGUCGAGAUCGCGGAACCAGUGCUCAGACCACGACCGAGGAAAGCUCCUAGACAACGAGCGGACUCCCCGGACGACCUUCACGAAAUAUCCGAACCUCUGUUGAGACCCACGCAACCACCUCGUUCCACAACCCAAUCGCCCAUCCGAAAGGGCAAAAAUUACGAUAUGUCCACCACGCCCACUUAUGAAGCCAUGUCGUGGGGUGACCGGGCAGAGAAAGAGGAGUCCAGUUUCGCCGUUCAAUUCCUUCCAGCUAGACUAGCUUCCUUCAUUUCGAGAGCCGAAAGAUACGCCCGGGAUACUCUUCUGCCAUUAGUAUCCGCUUACGCCCCGCGCUUGCCAAUUUUCGGUUCGAGGGAAGUGCCCAAACCGACCGCCAGAUACAUUCCCACGGAGGAUCUUAACGUCACGAGCUCCGUGCCGGUGCCGACGCCUACUCUGGAAAUGAAGAUAGAGUCGCUUCGUGCUAUGGGGCCGCCCGGAGAGAAACGAGACAUCGAAUCCCCGGUGGAGCCCGAGGUGCUCGUAGUCACUUCGACAACAACAACGACGACGACAACUGCAGCGCCCACGACAACGACGACUGAAAAGUUACGCGCGGCGCCCUCAGAGAUGCUGAAGGUGGUGGCGGGGCCGACAGUGUCUACUAGUACGGCGCUGCCGCCGGUGGCGCUGCGCAGCGAGGGUCAGAAGAUCGUGAUCGUGUACCCGAGCAACGCCCGCGACGAGCGCAAGAUCCGCUCGCACUCGUACCCCGAGGAGCUGCAGUUCGAGGCGGUGCUGCGGCCGGCGGCGGUGCGCGUGGAGCUGCCCACGUUCGCCCCGCCCCCGCCCGCCGCGCGCCCCGACGCUCGCUACAUCCCGCUGCCGUUCCCCGGCAAGAACAAGUCGACGGACUCAUCUUUUCCUACGUGAGAAUGAUAACGAUGAAUGAGAACGAGAAUGAAUCGAUUUGGUCCCUGUAUAUAUAUGAGAUCUCUUCUAUGUCUAGCUGUAAGUACGAUAAAAAUUCCCAGUCCCUAAUCUCUCAGUGUACAGAAUUUGUAAUUGUUAACUUUUUUCCAACUUUAUA